UCAUCUGUCCCCCAGGCCAGCGUUCCCCAGAGAUAUCAGUUCUGAGGGGGUGGGGGCAGGGCUGCGGGGGCAGGUGAAGAACAGUUUAUCUCCAAGGCAGCAGCUGAGGGGCAGAAAGACAUGCAGGCUACGCCAGAUGACAAGGGAGGUCAGCACCCCUCUUGCGUGUCUGCCUCCACAUAUACUGAUGUAUGAUAACUGGACCGUAAAGAAGGCUGAACGCCAAAGAAUUCAUGCUUUCAAACUGUGGUAUUGGAGAGGACUCCUGAGAGUCCCUUGGACAGAAAGGACAUCAAACUAGUCAAUCCUAAAGGAAAUCAACCCUGAAUAUUCAUUGGAAGGACUAAUGCUGAAGCUCCAAUAAUUUGGCCACCUGAUUCGAAGAGCAGACUCAUUGGAAAAGACCCUGAUGCUGGGAAAGACUGAGGGCAGGAAGAGAAGCGGGAGACAGAAGAUGAGAUGGUUGGAUGGCACCUUUGACUCGACGGACAAGAGUUUGAGCAAGCUCUGGGAUUUUGUGAUGGACGGGGAAGCCUGGCAUGCUGCAGUUCAUGGGGUCGCAAAGAAUUGGACAUGACUGAGUGACUGAAGAACAACAAAGAACAACAGCACAAACAAACUAAUUAACAAAAGAGACAUCUUGAGCUAAUGUGAAUGGGGAACAACUACAGGCAACAUCAAGGAUCAACAUUCUGCUUAGAGACAUUCUGUCAAAUAAACACUUCUGUUGGACUUGACGUCUCCUUGGUUUAUCACAGCAAGUGCUUACUAGGGAUAAUCUAUUGGCUGAUAGAGUAGCAAAUCAAAAGUAACUCGACGCCAUUGAUUCACUUAAGCUCGUGUGGGAACAAUGGAAAGAGGCAGCCGUUUCCUUUGAAAGAGCAGAACAGUUUGAGAAAAUGGCAUGUAACAUACCUAACCAACGACAGCGGACAAUGUCAACAUCUGGAAAAGCUCUAUAUGAAAUUCUUGGUCUGCAUAAAGGAGCAUCAAAUGAAGAAAUUAAGAAGACCUACAGAAAAUUGGCCUUAAAACACCAUCCAGACAAGAAUCCAGAUGAUCCAGGGGCUGCUGAAAAGUUUAAGGAAAUCAACAACGCCCACACAAUUCUUACUGACACGUCAAAAAGAAACAUUUAUGACAAGUACGGAUCACUGGGACUCUAUGUGGCCGAGCAAUUUGGAGAUGAAAACGUUAAUACCUACUUCAUGCUGUCAAGCUGGUGGGCAAAGACUCUGUUUGUCAUCAUUGGCCUCUUGACUGGCUGCUAUUUUUGCUGCUGUCUGUGCUGCUGUUGCAACUGCUGCUGUGGACGCUGCUGGACUAAGUCAUCGAUGCCAGAAGAGGACUUCUACGUGUCUCCAGAGGAUCUUGAGGAGCAGAUCAAGACAGACAUAGCAAAAGAUAUGGACUUCCCAGUUGUUCUCCAGCCCACAAAUGCAAAUGAGAAAACACAGCUAAUCAGAGAAGAACCUCGAAGUUAUUGUACAGACUCUUAAUAUUGAGCCCACUGAGGGUCCACAGUACCUCCUCUUGGUUCAGCCAUGUCUCCAGGUGGUCUUGUUGGGGGAGGGGAGGGGACAUGAAAUGCUGUGAACUUUUCAACAUUUGUAUUUUAUCUUUAGGUUAAGGAAAGAUGACUGCUACAUAAUUUUCUCAGUAUGCAGAUUCACUCUUUGAAUAGAAUUCCUAAUGGAAACACACAUUCCAUUUUGAUGAAUAAAGGCCUGAAGAGUUGUUUUAUGCUCCUUGCCUGAGGUUAGACAGUGGCAUUGGACAGGCUUUUUGAGCCUUCCCUUUAUAUGAGCCAGACCUCAGUCCUCAUAGACUAAAGUUGUAUUCUGAAACCAAAGCCAUUUAUCAUAUAUUUAACUAAAUGCAGUAUUAACAUCUGCCUUUAAAUAUCAUCAGCAAAACAUACAUGAGAAUUUAGGAGGAAUUUCUUGUGUGUGUAGAGAUUUUUCCUGUCAUAUACAAUAUGGCCACAGAAAUAUUUCAAGAGGCAGGAAGAAAUUAUUAGGUAAAGACAAAUCAUAUUAAAGUAUAGUUUUGAAAGAUUACAAAUUAUCACUUACUGAAAACUAACAAAACCAGGAAGAAAGAAGUUUUCUGUGUACUUUUAGAUGGGCAUAAAAACCAUAACAGAACUUCAGCCCUGUGAAAUGUUGUAAAUGAUCCCAAAAAAUCAUUCUGGGCACAAAACAGCCCCAAACAAUUGUGUUUGACAAUUUUAAGUUAAAAUAUUUUUUGUCCAACAGACUUAGAUUAGCCACACUAAGAAAAAGAAACACAUGAGGUAAAGGACAGAAUUCUAAAUUCUAUAAUUUAAAUUUAAAGGCCUAUCACUUAUCCCAUUUUCAGCUGGAUUAAUAACAGUGACCAGAAAAUACUGCCCAUGUUGAACAUAUAUGCUCAGAGGUCAUCUCUGCAUUUACUUGAUUCUUAUAUUCAUCAGGUGGUAGAAGCCAUAUGCUCUUUCUAAAACAGUAAGCAGCAAGUGUUUAUUUUUUCCAGAUCUUUCUUAGUUCUUAAUGUAAUGUUGCAUUUUUCAAGAUCUUGUUAUGUUUUUACAUAAUAUUGCACGAAAUGCCAUUUCCUUCUUUGUUUCUUAUUCUACCCUUCC